ACACUAAUAAGACAUAACCUAGCAUACGAGUGAAAAUAUGGGUCUUAUAAACAUUUUAUUAGAAGAGAUCUCGUUCUUUCCAACCCUCCUCCUCCUGAGUAUACCCAUUCUCUUUGUGAUUUUGAAGAGCUUCCUACUGAAAGGUAAUUCAUACUCACUUCCACCAGGGCCACGCCCAUGGCCUGUCAUAGGAAACAUCCACCAAAUGGGAAAUAUGCCUCACGUUACAUUGAGUAACUUAGCCAAAGUGCACGGUCCGCUCAUGUCAUUGCGCCUCGGUGGCCAACUCCUCAUUGUCGGAUCAUCUACAACUGCUGCAAUGGAAAUUUUGAAGACCCAUGAUCGUGUAUUAUCAGGUCGAUACAUUAUGCAUGCACUUCCAGUUAAAAGCCCAGAACUCAAUCACUUGUCACUUGCAUUUGCAAGUGAAUGCACUAAACCAUGGAAGCUCUUAAGGACAAUUUGCCGCACCGAGUUGAUCUCUCAUAAAGCAUUAGAUUCUCAAAUCAAGUUGAGGGAGAAGAAGGUGAUGGAGAUGGUGGAGUUUUUGGGUAAAAAUGGAGGGAAAGCAGUGAAUGUUGGGGAAAUAGUGUUUGCUACUGCUUUCAAUAUUUUAGGCCAUGUUAUGUUCUCACGGGAUUUGGUAGAUUUUCAGGGGAGGGGCAUGGGUGGGGAGAUGAAAGAACUCAUAACAAGAAUUCUAGAGUUGAUUUCGUCGCCAAAUAUAUCAGAUUUUUAUCCCAUCGUUGGUCGAUGGGAUGUUCAAGGCAUACGAAAGAAGACCCAUGAGACCUUUAGGAGUGUGUUUACAAUUUGGGAUUGCAUUAUUACAGAAAGAAGAGAACAGACUAAAGAUUCAAGACCAGGAGAUUUUUUGGACUUUUUGCUUCAUACCGGAUUCAACAACGAUCAGAUCAAUCAAUUUUUCAUGGAACUGUUUAUUGGUGGAAGUGAAACUACUAGUGAGACAACUGCAUGGGCAAUGGCAGAGCUAAUAAAAAAUCAAGAAUCCAUGCAAAAACUUUGCAAAGAGCUCGCAAAUGAGAUUGGUGGGGACAUUGUGAGGGAUUCUCAUUUACCAAACCUGCCUUAUCUACAAGCUUGUCUCAAAGAGACAAUGAGAUUGCACCCAGUUGUGCCCUUAAUCUUACCUCACCAAGCCUUGGAAACUUGCGAGGUCAUGGGUUAUAAUGUGCCCAAGGACUCUCAGGUGCUUGUGAAUGUGUGGGCGAUAGGUCGAGAUCCCAAGCAUUGGAAGGAUCCCUUGAGCUUCAAGCCAGAGAGAUUUUUAAAUUCAAGUUUGGAUUACAAAGGAAAUGAUUUUGAAUUGUUACCUUUUAGUGCAGGAAGAAGAAUCUGCCCAGGUUUGCCCCUAGCUGCAAGGAAAAUUCCUUUAUUUGUUGCAACGUUGGUGCACUCGUUCGAUUGGCAUCUUCCAGGAAACAUGGAUGCGGCCAAACUUGACAUGAGUGAGAAGGUCUCUACAGUAUUGCGUAGGGAACAACCUUUACAUCUUAUUCCUACUGUAAGGAAAUAGAUCGAAGGCAUGGAAGUCAACUAAUUUCCAAGAUUAAAUAAAGACCAAGGUCGAAGCUAGGACUAGUGCAUUAUUAAUGCAUGGUUGGUUGAUCAAGUUCUCUCAUGAGUCUGUAACAAUUAAUCGUUGAUAUAUGUUGUCUAUCAAAUAAUAAAUAAAUAUAUGAUCAUUUGCUACUA